AUGGGGCGUGGACGAUGGAUGACGUCCACGGGACGAACGCGCGCCGCGCGCGCAAACGACGAGGGCGCGAUCUCGGACGACGAGGACGGACGGACGAGCGCGGAGGCCGAGCGGUUGGGACGCACGGGACGGCGGAGCGGUGACGCGGAACGGAUCGCGAGGGAGUACGAGGAGCGAGAGCGGGAGACGAUGCGGCGGUCGAGCGGGACGCAGUACGCGUUCGGGAAACCGCAGUCGCCGAGAGAGACGUGGGAACCGUUUGCGCGGAAAGCGAGGGUUGGAUUAUUAGAGGAGCGGGCGAGAGGGGCGGCGUGCGAUGCGGUGCGAGCGUCACUUCACGUGUGCGUCGAGGAUGACGCGUUCAAGUCGCGAACGAGCGUGGAGUUACCGAGAGAGGCGUACGUGAAGAGAAUGGAUAAGCUCGUGAACGAGUUCGUGCAGAGGGAUUUGUCGUACAUGAGCGUCGAGGACAAGGCGGACGCGCGGAAGAUGGUGGACGCCAUCGAGCGGUACCUCUUCGAGGAGCAGCAGUACCGAACCCCGCAAGGCUGGCGCGAGGCGUUUUCGCCGUACAGGACUUAUUUCCACAAUGUCAUCGCCCAAAAGAUUGGGAUUCCGGCGACGUUGGCGGCGAUUUAUCUCGGGUUUUUAGAUAGGUUGAAGACGAGAGGCGAGCUCGACGCGUGCGGAGACAUUCGUGUGACGCUUCGCGUCUCUCGCGGCGCCGACCCGACGCCGCGGCGACCGAUGGGAAUUACGGCCGAUGAAUCGUGUCCCAACGGCUCCGUUGUCGUCACGGGCGAUGACGUCGUGCGCAUGCAGCUCAUGGCGCUCAAGCGCGCGUUUUGGCCGUGGGAGUGGGACGACGCGCGAGACUCCGGGUUCCUGCUCGCCAUCGAAGCCGCGGCCUACGGUAAAGACGAUCGCAUGAACACCGCGGCCGGGGUGGUGGGAAUCAUUCAACCCACCGGAAGGCCGUUCGGCGACCUUCCAAUGGCGCUCCUGGUCACCGAACGCCUCGCCGAACUCGAUGGAAACGUCGGUUACGAGCAGCGAGACAUGGGCGUCUUGCUCUACCACAGCGGCUACAGACGGGACGCCCGCGACGCUCUCGUCGCUUUUGAGCAAUGGAAAGCCACGGCAAAGUUGGCCGCGGUGGAGGUCGACGACGCCACGGACGCGCCGAGACCGGAUUUCCAAUGGGUCGCGGGCGACCCUGUGGAGGCGGCGCGACUCAGCCUUCGCGAGGACGAAGCGUUGAACAAGCUCCUCCUCGAGCUCGAUCGCGACAGUCUUGAGCACAUCUUCGACUCGUAG